CUCUGCGAGUUUCACUCUUUAAGAUCGCAAACUGUCCUGGAAGCUCCGAGAUGUCCCUCUGAUGUGGGGUUUAGUCCGGAUUUAACAGACAGGUUAACUGUAACCCAGGAGCAGCUCCACGUCAGCCGGGGAUUGUUUACUUCCGGACCACGUCUCUGACGCAACAAAAAUCCUUCUGUUUUAAAAGCCGUGGAUGGAGGACCUCCAGGCCCAGGCGAAGGCGGACUGUGAGGAGCUGCUGAGGCGUUUCCAGGAGACUCAGUCUGUUCGCUACGAGAUUUUCAGCAAAAUCUGGAGGGAGAUGAAGUUCUCGGACAUCUUCAGCGGCAUCACCGCCCGUCACGAAAAGCGAGCGUUCAGCCGUACGAUUCUGGAUUCGGCCUACCCCUUCUUCCUGCCCCCGUUCAGCUUCCAGAUCCGAGUGGGCGGCCUGUACCUGCUGUUCGGCCUGUACCAGACCCAGAGGGUCUCGCCUCCGGAGCAGGUCCGCUUGGCGCUGAAGGACUGGGACGAGGUGAAGAAGCUGGAGAAGGACGCCGUGGACGCGCAGCACUACGAUGUCGUCUACGUCCUCCGGAAGCUGGAGGCCUGCGGCGCCUUCAGCUACACCGCCAUGCCCCAGCUGCUUGCAUUCCGGAAGAAGAGGAAGGCCGAGCCGUUAAGUUCAAGUUUGCGUGAGGAGUUCAUGGAGCGAACGUCUCGUCCUCAGGAGCUGAUCAACAUCGAGCUGCUGGAGGAGUUGUCCAACGUUCACAAGCUGUACGAUAAUUUGAAGAAGUCGGUGUUUUCUCCAGCCUUGCGGGCCGGCGGGGCUCCGGGGGCUCCGGGGGAUCGGGGGGAUCGGGGUGUAGACCUGGUCCGAGCAGACCUGGUCCCUCAGCUCCGCGGCACCGUGUUGGAUUUCUACAAGUGGCAGCUGACGCAGGACAGGUCUCUGAAAGAUGAAGACAGCGGUGAAGGAACGUCUUCGUCUCAGCAGUCCUCCAGAAGAGCCGAGCUUCUGGCCGCCAUCAAAUCCAAGGCGUACGGAGAAGCAGCCGAGGCCACUAAGUCCCGGCGCCACCGUCAGGUAGAGCUGGACACCAAGAGUCCAGAGUCCAGACCGUCCUCUUCCUCCCGGAAACCGUCACUCAAAGCCAGAACCAGGGAGAGUCUCCACAGGCCGGGAAGCGUCUGGGCAGAAGAUUCCUCCACGACUCACAUCAGCCGCCUGACUUCACUCCAGCCUGAAAAACACUGAAGAACCGGGCAGAACAUCGUCUGGCUUCUCAUUCCACUUUAUUUUAAUGCGAUCCUGUGAAUGUUUUAAAGAUGUUAACUUAGAUUUUAAAUUUUAUUGUUCAUUCUGUGAAUAUGACGUCUUGCUCUGACUGAAUUCAUGUAAAUAUCAGUGAAGGAAGCAUUUUUUUAAAUCUACCUCCUGUUUGUUCUGCAGCUGUUCCAGCUGCUGUGUCUGAAGAUUUAAUGUAGUUUUCUAUAAAAACUCAU